ACAAGUGCGAUUUCAACUUCAACUUUAAGUAUUAUGCAACAGCGUCCGAAGGCGGAUGCAAGACGCAAGGAUGUGGCACCGGCAAAGCCACCGCGUUUGAAGGCCAACGCAAGCGAAGUUGCCACAAAAAAGCAGCUGCAAUUUGUGAGUCCAUUGCCACGGCGGUCACGUGUGCCUCAAGCAACGGCUGCGACAAUGACAAUGAGCAAGACGACGACGACAACAUUGAGAACAACAACGAUGCGGAAAACUCGAACUGCAAAGAUGUCGCCGCCAGACAACAUUCGAGAUGCUAACAACUGCGUGGCAACUGCAGCAGCAACUGCAACUGCCACAACGCCAACGAGUGCUGUGGCAAGUGGAGCUGCAAUAAAAACUCGUCUCGCCGAGGGCUGCAGCAGUUUAAUGUAUGCGUGUCAGCAUGGCGACAUUGUCCAAGUGCUCGCCCAGAUACGCGGCAAGCCCCAAUUGCUGCGGCAACGUGACCGUAGCAACCGCAACGCGCUGCAUUAUUGUGCGGCGCAGGACUUGGAGCAGACGCGCGACCUCGUGGCGGCGGCAAGCAUUGCGAUAGCAGCUCCCGAGCUGCUCGAGUCGGCCGAUGAGGAUGGCUUCACGCCGCUUCACUUGGCUGUUAUUCAGGGCAACUUGGCGAUGGUCAAUUUGCUGCUAGCGAACAAAGCCGAUGUGAAUGCGGUGGACAAUGAAGGUCACUCCGUGGUGCACUGGGCAACGGUGUGUGGCGAAAUUGAGGCAUUGCGGGCUGUGCUGGCAGCUGGUGCCAGUGUGGCCAAGCCCGAUGUGAAUGGCGGCACGCCGCUUCACUAUGCGGCACAAAUGUGCGGCGUCAGCUACGACAGCAAACUGCAGUCGAACUCCAAUUCCAGCAAGCUGGCGCUCGAAAUUCUUGGCAUACUCUUGUCCCAUCCACAGACCAGUGUCGAUGUCCAGGACAAAGAUGGGCGACAGCCGCUCCUCUGGGCUGCCUCCGCUGGCUCAGCCAAGGCGGUCAUUGCGCUGGUGAAAGCAGGAGCUCGUGUGGAGAGUUGCGAUAAAGAUGGCUUAACUGCUUUGCAUUGCGCUGCUUCUCGUGGCCACACCGAGUGCAUUGACACGCUGAUCAGUUUGUGCGGCGCUCCUACAGAUCUCAUUGACUCCAAUGGCUGCACAGCUUUGCAUUAUGCUGUUACCUUAGGUCAUGCGGAUGCCACAGCGCGUCUCCUCGACUUGGAGGCGGAUCCUAAUCGACAGGAUCGAAAAGGACGCACGCCAGCGCAUUGCGGUUGCUCGAAGGGACAAUUUGAGACGCUGAAGCUACUUAAAGAACGUGGUGCGAAUUUGUGGCUGCGCAAUGCCAAAGGAGAUCUUCCGCUGCAUGAGGCAGCUGCCUCAGGGCGUCGCGAGUUGCUCGAGUGGCUGCUGGUGCAGCGACCCAAGCAGGUGAACACCACCAGCAACGAUGGACGCAGUUUGCUGCACAUUUCGGCGGCCAACGAUUACACAGACAUGUGCAAACUUUUGCUUGAUUAUGGCGGCGAUGUGAAUGCUUUGUACAGGAAUUCGCGUGGCAUUGUUUUGACUCCUUUGGAUUGUGCUUUGCAGCGUGGUCAUCGCUCCACGGCCAAGUUUCUGCAAUCGCAUGGCGGACAGCCGUCGAGCAAAUUGCGUUUGGCUGCACGACGUGGCAAUCCAUUUCAUGAGGGAGCUGCAGCUGAUCCUGUGCGUCCCUUGAAGUACGUGGAGAAGGAAGAAGUCCACGAUCUACGCAGCUCCAAGAAGUACGUUGUUUAUCUCAAGCGCACAGACUCCGAUGGUAACGCAGAGCAGGCUGAAGAGGAGGGCGAGGGAGAUGAUUGCAGCUGCACGGAGCAAUCGUAUCGCAAGGAGCAGCGAUUGCAGCACAUUUGCCGACGUCACAAGCGUCGCCAGCUGCGACGACGCACCAACAGUUGUGGGGAGAACAAGCACGAGAAGUGCAGCGACAUUUGUCGCUCCAAGAGCAACAUUGAGAUCAGGCGACGCAUCAGAGAGCGCUAUGCGAGCACAAGUGAUUGCGAGAACGAUGAGGAUGAAGAUGAGGAGGAAGAUUCCUGUGAGAAUUGUUGCUACCACAAGCGACAGAAGCAGCGCGUGGUGCAACGCAAGCGCACAGUUUCCACACGUCGUUGCAAGUCGGAUAAGUUGGGGGACAGCGAGGGGGAGGAACACAGCGAAGGGGAAAAGCAGGACAAGAAGACAGCAGAAGAGUCCAAGAAGGUGGAAAUAGUUAAGGAGCAGUCGAGUGAAGACAAAGAGCAGACUGCAACAGCAACAACAGCUGCAAUUGCACCAGCAACCACAGUAGCAACUCCGCCAGCAACCUCUGCUACAACUCCAACUCCAGCUGCAAGUGAAGCUGCAACUCCAGCUGCAACUCCUUCAGCAACUGUCAAGGAAGGCACCUUCAUCAAGUCGCCGCCACAAAGCGCCAAAAGCGAGAAGCCAGCUGAACCUGCUGCCGAAAGUCUAAAGGUAGCAGAGACCAAUGCGGUGGAGUUAACCGAUGAGGAACAGGAGGCAGCCAAGUCUGUAGUUACCCAAGUCGAUGUGCAUCACGAUGCCGCUGAAGAAUCCCCAGAUGCAAAGCAAGAGCUGAGUGAAGAAGAUACCAAAUUGGUGUCCAAUGAAGUCGAACAGAUGAUCAAAAUUGCUGCUACAGCGUUGAGCAGCGAGUCCAAGAGCUCCACCGAUGAUGCUUCAGUCAAGGAGCAACCCGAGCCAGCUAAAGAGUUUCCUGCCAGUGAAGAGCCAGCUAAACCCGAAGUUGUUACUGCUGAAACAGUUGUUGCUGCCACGACCACGACCACGCCCACUGCCACACCCACACCCACGGUUGCUAAGCCAGCAACAGCCGAGCAACCACAGCAGCAGCAGCAGCAACCAACUGAGAAGCAGCUGCCCGUUGAGGCUGAAAAACCAGAGCAGCUGCCAGCUGAGCCCAAAGUGAGUGAGUCGAAAGCUGCCCCAACACCGAAAACGACGCCGACGACGUCGACCUCGAACCCAACGCCAUCGAAACCGCAGACUGAGCCCAAAAAUCCACAGCAAAAGCCGCCAGCCGCACAGUCCCAACCACAGCAGCAGCAGCAGCCACAGCCACAGCCUGUGACUCAGCCACAGCAACAGCAACAACAGCAGCAGCAACUUCCUAAGUCUCAGCCUCAGCCUCCGCAGCAACCACAACGCGAACAGGAAUCUAGACGCUCCUUUACGCUGCUGCCCUCGGAUUCGGCUGAUGAUGAACCCUCAGCAACUGUUGCCCCCUCAGCAACAACCAACAACAAUAAUAACGCCAACGAACCGGAGCGCAAAUCCAGCUUCACGGUACUCAAGAGCGAUGAAUCGAUGGGCGAGUUGGAGGAUUCGCCGCGUCCCAAAGAGCUGGACUUUGCCAGCAACAGUCAAGUGUUUCAAGUGAUGCACGAUGGCAACGGCAGCUCGAAGCUGCCCAGUGCCUCAGAGUUGGAUAAAGGAGAGUACGAUUACGAGGAGUACGACGAAGGGGAUGACGAUGACGGUGGCAUUGACCCAGAGCAUGACAGCGCCUUGCGUCGCUUCCUCAGCAGCGGUAAUCGUCAUGGAGUGGCAGGAGAUGCUGGUGAAAUCGCUGUGACCAGUGAUGUGACUGGCUAUGAUGGACUCUCGAAUGGAAGGAAGCGACGGCUGAAGAAACGCGUGCGCAGCGGCGCCAAGACGCGUAGCAAUUGGAAGCAUGCGCAGGAGUCGCGAGACAGCAACAAUGCCGCUGGCUUGGCCACCACGAGCAAGGAUCAGGACUCCGGAUUCGAGCCAAGUCCGCGUGCCGAACGCACCAAGAUUCCCACGCCGCGUAGUUCGCACACAGCGAUGCCGCGUCGUCCCAUUUAUGCCACACUCGAUGGCAGGUCGUGCAGCAGUCGGCUGGAGAAUCGCAAGCCGGGAGAUAAGGGAGCGUGUGAUAUGGGCGCCGUGACACGUUCCAUACAGCGCAAUAUACGCAGAUACUACAUGGAGCGCAAGAUCUUUCAGCAUCUGUUGGAGCUCAAGUCGCUGCAGAUACGUUCAAACAAACUGAACGAAUCGGUGCUGGUGAAGCGAGCAGUUGACGACUAUCACAAAUCAUGUGUGUUGCUCGGCGGUGAAACUGGCACAAGGCUGAGGCGAUACAAUUUCAGCGAGUAUACGUUCAAGAACUUUGAGCUGUUUCUCUACGAGACGCUCAAGGGACUGCAGAAGCCGGGCACGAACAACUUUCAGAACAUCAACGAGGUCUACGAGGAGGCCGAGCGACGUCUUAGCCCCGACUACAAUGCGUAUGAGAAGGCGCUGCAGUGCACGACGAAGACGCAUCGUUGUCUUCAUGCAGCUCACGCCUACACCGGGAUUCCGUGUGCCGCGUAUAUUUCCAUGAUGAAUCACCACACGAUGCCCAAGUUUGGAUUUGGACCAUAUAAAAAAGCCGGCAGCGUCAGCAGUUUUUAUCUGCCAAAAAUACUGACCAGCGGACGCGCCUCAAGCGGACGCACAGGAGGUGGAAGCGGAGGCGGGGGGAAAUGCAGCCACAAAGUUGCACUGGAGCUGUCACACGGAAAGAGUAAACAACUAAUUUCACUGCCAGCGGAUAAGUUGGACAGCAAUAAACGUUACUAUGUGACGUUCACAGUUAAGGAUUCGCCGGGCCAGUCUGCAGUCAGCGAGGCGCAUAAACAAAGUCAGCAACAGCAACAACAGCAAUUGCAGCGGCAAUCGAGUUGUGCUGGUGGCGAUGCGAGCGGCAAGUAGCACGUUGCGUAUACGUAAUGUGGCUUUACUUUUGCUGUGGCCCUGUGGUUUGCCCAUUGCAAUAUUACCCAUACGCAGUGUGUGCCCAACAGCAGCAGCAGCAUCAUCAUCAUCGUCAUCGUCGUCGUUGCGCCAAAUGCAUUAAAACAAUGCGACAUUUUGUUCUUUUGCUGUGCUUUUUAUGCGACCGCCCGCUGUCCAACUGCGCGCUUUUGUUGCUGCCUCUGCUGCCUGUGCUGCUUUUUGGUCCUGCUUCCUGUGUUGUUUUUGCUGCACUUUAAGAUGGCCAACUGCUGAUAAUGGAUGAUGGCGCUGCGCUGCGGCUGUCAGUUGAAGUUGUCACGCCAGCAGCGUCAGCAGCGGCAACAGCAGCUUGAAUUACUUAUGUAGAACCUCCUCUCUCUCUCUCUUUCUGUCUCUGCCCUCCAUUUCCUCUUUCCUCUACUAAAAGCAGUUGUUCAGCUGCCUCUCUCUUCUUUAUCCUCUAUCUCUUGUGUUGAAUUCUGUUUUGUUUGCUAUUCGGCUGUUUGUCUGUUAGCGCUCUUGUUGCGCUUUUAUUUCACUUUUUCAUUAUCAUUUCUUUUUUUUUUCAGUUUUUUCCAUUUUCCUUUUUUUUUUUGCUGCCGCUGCUGCCGUUGUCAUUGCUAUUGCUAUUGCUGUGUACGCUACUAAUGCCACAGAUAAGCGUUGUUAUUAACGCUCGGCUUACCAGCACCAGCAGCAGCAUCAGCAACAGCAGCAGCUUCAGAGUCCUCCUAGUUCCCUUCUUCUCCUCCUGUUUGCCUUUUGUCUUCGUUUAAAAGCAACAACAGCAGCAGAACAACAACGACGACGACGACGACGAAUGAAUAAAUGUAAAAUAUGUACCGUGCAUUUCUUUUGGCAUUUCAACAUUUUUACUUUAUUUGCAAUUUUAUUUACUUGUCUGCGUCCCAUUCAAGCUCUGCCUGUGCGCUUACCCAAGGCUUUAAGCGACAGUGCCAGAGCAGCAGCCAGCAGAGGAAAGAGAGAAAACGACAGAGAGAGAGCGAGAGGGGAAAGUGUAAGAGCGAAAGCAAGUCUUCAAUUGAAUCUAACUUUUAAUGUAGCUGUAGAUAGAUUUGCACUUACUUCGAUUAUAUUCGAUACGUUAUUCCAGUUGUCAGUGCAGGUAUUCAGCAGUCGGUGCCUGGAACCACGCGCUGCCAACCACUUCGCAUUGAGUGCAUUGUAAAUGGAGAAUAAUUGCAUUGAGCAUGAAGAAAAUACAAAAAAAAGUGCAGAUUUGCAAGAGCAACGCGAAUUGAAUUUGAAAUUCGCUUUAUUAUAAAAUAAUAAUAAUAAUGAAAUAUAUGUAAUAAUAAUUGGAAAUGAUUUAAGCAAAAGCUGAUUUCAAGAGUUUACAUUUAGAUUUAAGCCAGCUGUUGCGAAAUAAAACGUUGAAAAUGUCCGAAAUUGAAGCGUUGUGUUUGUGUUUUGAUUUCCACCAGAUGGAAGAGAUGCAGAGGAAGAGAGCGAACAAAAGAAUUGUGCACGUCAUGUCCUUGGCAUAGAUACGCGAACAGUUGUCGCUCGAGCUGAUUGCUCCCUUAACAGUCAGCAGGCAGAGAACAGAGAGCAGACACAGCUGCCAGGCUCAACAACGUUUGUGGCUUGUCAAAUUUAAGCUGUCGACCCCGGCCAGGAUGUCUACGUUGCAACAACGGGCCAUUGAUGUGAUGAUGAUUGUGAUUGCGAUUGUUAUGACUCUGCAGCCAGGACUUCUGUUCUCUUCGUUGCUGUUCGCUUCGUGGGCGUUACAACUCCAUUGGCGAGCUUGUCAACAAGAGAGCCCAAUAAUUGCUGCACUGCAUCAAUGCUGUUAUGGCUUUUCCAGCCCCGUUCUGCCAAUUGCACCAGGCUUCUGCUCUGCUCUGCUCUGCUGUCCUGUCCUGUCCUACGCUAAUUGAAUUCAAAGCUGACGUUUAUGGUCUCUGGUCCUUCGUUGGUUCUCGUUGGGGGGAGCGAUGUCAGCCAUUUAGUUGGCGCAUUAAUAUUUCAGCAGUUGUGUCCUCAACUAAGCACGCCUUUGUGUAUUGUGAACGCCAAAAGAUUUGGCCAGCCGACAGUCCUCUAAUUUGCCUGCUUGUGCUUCUCCUGCUGCUGCUGCUGCUGCUUGUGUGCUUUAAGGUUAAGCAUCGACUGUCACAUUAAGGCACGCCAGCGACUGCUCAAUGCCCUUCCUCACCCUGGACAGCACUUCA